GUUAAAUGUCACGUUCACAUUUUCUUCACUUGAACUGACUUGACUGAUCUGAGAAGAGCUCCUGAAACUAUCCUUUUCAGCCACAAACACAAUGGCUGAUGUCAGUUUUAAGAGGGAGUUCCUGGAGGCACACAACAGCUACAGGAAACUCCAUGGUGCACCACCACUGGCCCUCAGCAGUGAGCUUAAUGCCACAGCUCAGAAAUGGGCUGAUCGCCUGCUGGCCCUGGGCCUCAUGAAUCACAGCGACACCAAAGAUGGAGAGAACAUCUACACCGUUUUGAAAUCAGAGCAGCUGACAGCAAAGGAAGCUGUAGAUUCUUGGUACAGUGAGGUAAAAGACUACAACUGGAAUAACCCUGGGUUAAAAUCCAACACAGGUCAUUUUACCCAAGUGGUGUGGAAAGAAACCACUCAACUGGGUGUGGGUGUGGCAACUGUUGGCACAAGAUCCUAUGUGGUUGCCCAGUACCGACCAGCUGGCAACAUGACCAUGCCAGGGAAAUUUGAAAGCAAUGUCCUCCGACAGGGCAGCAACGGGGCGCGUGGAUCAGGAGGGUCAUCAACUGGAGGUGGAGAUGGAGGCAAGUGGAAGAGACGGGAAAAGAGUAAAGGAAAUGGACAAACUGAAAAUACAUUGUGCUGUACAUUGUUAUAGACACCAGUUGUCUUGUUUAGAUGCUUAACAUCUAAAA